AUGGCAGAGUUCAUAGAUGAACUUAUGGAUGAGUACAUUCAGCAUCAACAAGCAUUGGAUGAUGAAUUCAUAGAAGAUGAACAAAUUGAAGAAGAAUAUCCAUGGUGGUACGAUUCAGAUGAUGAUCAAGAGCAAGAACAGGAAGUGAAUGAUGACGGAUAUGAUGCAGAUGAUGAUGCAAACAAUGAAGAAGCACAACAACAUGUAAGAGCAAGCAGAGAAAUGAAUGUAGAAGAGAAAAGAGCACUUGUUGAUGAGAUUAUGUUGCACAUGGAGGGGGACUCACUGCCAAGGGGCUUCUUAGCCAAUUUGGCUAGAAAACAUUCAGUGCACAAAUCACCAACAACAAUGUGGUUCAAGGUAAUCAAACAAUCUCUUGCUGAAGGUACUGUUGUUGAUGUUAAUACCAAAAAAUUAGGCAGGACAGGAACCAAACCAAAAGUGUACACAGAUGAAUUUCUAACAUCAGUACCACUGUACAAGAGAGGGACAGAGAGAGGUUAUGUUGCAGCCUUCAAAAUACCAAAGACAUCACUGCACAGACUCAGGCAACAAGGCAGGCUGAGAACACACACCAGCACAAAUCAUCCAGCUCUUACAGACAAGCACAAAGUGUCAAGACUCAAAUGGGUCCUAAGUCACAUAGAUCCCAUUCCAACAGAAGGGGACCCAAAAUUCAGAGACAUGCAUCAGUGGAUACAUCUAAAUGAGAAAUGGUUCUUCAUUAAUCCAGAGACUAGAACAUUUUAUUUGUUGCCUACAGAGGAAGAUCCAUACAGGGCACAACAAUCAAGGAGAUUUAAGAUAAAAGCAAUGUUCAUGGGAAUGAUUGGGAAACCCUUGUUUGAUGAGCAAAACAACAUGGUACAUGAUGGGAAAUAUGGUCUAUUUCCUUUUGUCAAGUAUGAAAUGGCCAAAAAGAAAAACAAAAACAGAGAUGAAGGGACUCUAGAGACAAAGGAUAAUGCAAGACCUCAUCAAGUUCCUAAAGAUGAAGAAGUUCACGCAGCUUGCCAUGCAAAUGGAUUCAACAUUCAAUUCAUUUUCCAACCAGCUCAAUCACCAGAAACAAAUGUGUUAGAUUUAGGUUUGUUUAGUGUCAUUCAAUCACUACAAUACCAAUCAUUCCCAAGGAAUCUAGAUGAGCUCAUAAAGGAAGUUGCUAGAGCUUUUGAAGAGUUUGAUCCAGUUUUGAACAAGUACACAUGGAUCACACUACAAUCAUGCUUGAUUAAGAUACUAAAGAAGCAAGGUGGGAACACCUUCUCUCCCCCUCACAUGAAGAAGAGAAGUUUGGACAGUCAAGGUCUACUACCACAGUUACUAGAAGUUGACAGGAAUCUCAUUGGUCAAGUUGUUCAAUAUUUAGAUUCAGUGACAGUAAUUGGUGAUGAUCAAGGACACAUGGAAGUGGAUGCAAACUGA